UUUAAAAUUACCGAACCGGUACUGAGAGAACAGAAACUUUAGGUUCUACCGGUAUUUGAUAGGCUAAAAAAGUCCGCGAGUGUUUAUGGAGCAGGAAUGGCAGCAAGUAUCGCGCCGUCGGCGUGGUAGGCCUCGUAAUGAGGCUUCUUGUCCCCGAAUCGCCCGAUCGAAGACCUCGAGAGCUGAUACUAACGACAACUUGUGCGCGUUUUCGGUUGAUCAAUUUGCAGCUGGAGAAGAGGAAGUGGAACCUGUGCCCGAGGUGUCCACGAACAAGCAAAUGCAGAUCAUUGGACGAGUGCGCAGCAUUGCCGACGUUCUGCGAGAUUCAUUGCUGCUACAAGAUGCGCUGCGCGUUAUUACGGACCAUUUUGCGCUGAAUGCAGUCAAGAAAUCAGUUGAUAGAGACGUUGAAGGAGUUGACACAGAAGAAGCAACCGACUACAGCCCAACGCUCGUAGGCUACGGACUCGGGAGCUUCUGCGCGUCUUCCAAUGCUGUGCAUCAAUUGGGAUUCCUGGUAGCGUUGACGGAAGCUCUGGGUGGAAGACAAUCCGAAGCAAAUCUGCACUGCGCCGAGAUUUUCGACCCCGCCAUGAACCAGAGUGACGGUGCGAUCGCGGAGCAUUUUCAGUUGAAGGUAAUCCAAGAGAACGAGCAUGGGCGACGGCGCGUAGCUUCCAACACUGUGUUCUUCAUGCCGCAUUGUGGCAUAGCUCUGUACCAGAACGUGCUGGCUUGCAACUGGGGUCCUGCCAUCAAGAAGCUUGUAAUCAUCGGCAAUAGUUUCUCAGCAUACGGAGACCGCUUGAUUGGAGCUAAAGAGCGCGGAGAGGUGCUCCUUGUCAGUGUAUUGCCAUAUCUGGACGAAGUGCCUUUGCCUUGCGGUGUCGCCAAACGUCACGAUGACUUCUCGCGCUAUGAGGCGGCGUUCAACGAUCUAAGUAUACUCAGAUUCCAGCCCACGGUACUGGACCGUGCGCUACGAGACGACCAACUCCUCAACGAGAAGAUGGCCACCGUAGCUAUGACUGAGACAGGGAAGCGUGGCCCUAGUUCCAAAUGA